AUGCACACCGGGGAUCACAACAAGCGCUUUAUCAGAGAAAGCACUAAGGACGCUUGUGGAGCAACUGUGGUCAUGGCUCCCAUAGCCAAAGAGAGGCUCACCAAAACUUUCAAAAAGAGGACCAGAAAGAACGACCUCAUUUUGGAUUACGUCGGGUACGCCGUUUGUUCCCUCGGACCACAAACCCUAUUGACCGUUGCCCGCCAGCGCAAUAUCGGAGACUAUCACGCAAGUAUCACGAACGUUCAACGUAACGAGGCUUGGAAGGUCCACGCUGCUCAGUACAUAUCCAACCGCAUCGCCCAAAUCCAAAACCAUUUCCAACCCUAG